AGGCCACAGGGUCACCACAUACAUCGCCCACGCAUGGAGGCAGCCGCCCAAUGCCCAUGCCUGUCCGCUCCACGUCUGCUGGCUCCACCCCCACCCACUGUCCGCAGGACUCACUGAGCGGAGUUGGGGAAGACGUGCAAGAGGCCUUUGCCCAAGGUACGAGGAGAAACCUCCGCAAUGACCUGCUGGUGGCUGCUGACUCCAUCACCAACACCAUGUCCUCCCUGGUGAAGGAGCUCCAUUCAGCAGAGGAAGGUGCAGAGGAAGAAGAAGAGAAGAUGCAGAAUGGGAAAGACAGAGGUUAACAGGAGCUGGACAAAGAGGAAGCCUGGGCACAGAGGACGCGGCGCAAGCUGGCACCGACACAACGAAGGCAAGGUCUUCCCCCAGAGGCACAUUCCUGUCCAUCUUUCCGCUGCACACCUGGACCGGGCUCGCAGGCUGCCAGACGUCACUCCACCCUCCAGGGAGAGCGGAACCAGAGCUGGUGGGAAGCCGGGAGGGACUGUGAGGCGCAGCUGGUGGGCCUUCCCCUGCAUAGCCCUGCAUGUACUAGCAUCUUCAUUACUCCCCUCAGGGCAUGGUCUCAUCUCUGCAUCAGGAAUUUACCGAGAGGCUGAAAAGAGAAAAGAAAAUGCACUAAGCUCU